UUUCGAUAACAUUACUCAGUUGGUAUAAACACCAGUGAGUGCCAGCAUGACAAGCUGACGCAGAAAUGAUCCGGAGGUUAUUGCGAACAGUUUGUGUUGAACAAAUGUAAAUUGCACAGAUUAAAUUGAUAACUGAACUUCACCAACAUGUCAGCGUUAUUCAACUUCCAAAGUCUGAUGACUGUCAUCUUACUCCUGAUAUGCACAUGUGCCUACAUACGAUCAGCAGUGCCAAGUUUAUUGGACAGGAAAAAAGUCGGGAUGGGCGGAAUAUUCUGGAAGUGUGCGAGGAUUGGUGAGCGAAAAAGUCCAUAUGUUGCUGUAGGUUGUCUCUUCAUGGCCUUCAGCAUCUUAUUCUGGUCCUAGAUUUGACAUGCGAAUCGUGAAGGCACGAUUGAAACUCAGUAAAAUAAAAAACCUAUGGUUUUGAGGGGAAUGGACAAUUUUAAUAGCCAUUAAUAACUAACAGAACGUAAUAAGCAAACCGAACAAAGGGAAAUUAUUACGUACAUACGUAUUUUCACUUUAUUUGUCAACACGUUACGUCUGCAAAGCUAGUAUGUAUUCAACUUGAGCACAUUUCUCUCACCCUUACAUGUGUAUCUUAGAAUAUAUAUAAUUCCUUUUUUUACUAUAAACAACAGAA